AUGUCGCCUUCGCUCUUCCGCACCGUUCGACCGGCAGCUCAGCUUUACCGAUCGAGCGCACCCUCGUCGUCCAGCAGACUCCUCUCCACCACCGUUCGCCGCUCGCUCGCCAGUGAAGCCCAGGAUACCACCCCUUCGUCCAAGGCGUUCCCGAUUUCGCCCGCCACUUCGGCCUAUACGGUUGAAGAGCUGCACGACAAGACCGCACAGGAGAUCCUCAGCGAGGGCGGCUCCAGGAAGGACCGCUCGCUGCGUCAUUUCACCGUUAACUUUGGUCCUCAGCAUCCCGCCGCCCACGGUGUGUUGCGUUUGAUCCUCGAGCUCAACGGUGAAGAGAUCCUUCGAACUGACCCCCACGUCGGUCUCUUGCACCGAGGUACUGAGAAGCUCAUCGAGUACAAGACCUACACCCAGGCUCUCCCCUACUUUGACCGACUCGACUACGUUUCGAUGAUGACCAACGAGCUCUGCUACUCGCGAGCCGUCGAGAAGCUGCUCAACAUCGAGGUCCCCGAGAGGGCCAAGUGGAUCCGCACCAUGUUCGGCGAGAUUACGCGUAUUCUCAACCACUGCAUGGCCGUCCUUUCGCACGUCAUGGACGUUGGUGGUCUCACUCCCUUCUUGUGGGCUUUCGAGGAGCGAGAGAAGCUCAUGGAGUUCUACGAGCGUGUUUCGGGUGCGCGUUUGCACGCCGCCUACGUCCGCCCCGGUGGUGUCGCAUACGAUCUGCCUCCCGGCUUGCUCGAUGACAUCCACAAGUGGGCCACGCAGUUCGGUUCGCGUGUCGACGAGAUCGAGGAGGUCGUCACGGGCAACCGUAUCUGGAAGGGCCGUACCAUUGGUAUCGGCAAGGUCACAGCUCAGGAGGCGCUCGACUACGGAUUCUCCGGUGUCAUGCUUCGAGGCUCCGGUAUCCCCUGGGAUAUCCGCAAAGUGGCUCCCUACGACGCUUACGACCAGGUCGAAUUCGACGUGCCCGUCGGUAAGAACGGCGACUGCUACGACCGAUACUUGUGCCGUGUCGAAGAGUUCCGCCAGUCGCUGCGUAUCAUCGAGCAGUGCCUCAACAAGAUGCCCGCCGGCCAGAUCAAGGUCGACGACCACAAGCUCGUCCCGCCGCCGCGUGCCACCAUGAAGGAGAGCAUGGAGUCGCUCAUCCACCACUUCAAGCUCUUCUCGGAAGGGUACGCUGUGCCACCUGGUGAGACGUAUUCGGCCAUCGAGGCUCCCAAGGGUGAGAUGGGCGUGUACCUCGUGUCGGACGGAACCAACCGCCCAUACCGAUGCAAGAUCCGUGCGCCUGGUUUCGCGCACUUGGCAGGUGCCGAUUUCAUGGCCCGUCACCACUACAUCCCCGACAUGGUCGCUAUCAUUGGUACCCUCGACCUUGUGUUCGGUGAGGUCGACCGUUAA